CUUUCGGCCUAAUAAAUGCGCAUGCGCACAACAGCUGACCCCUCCGGUUUCUGCGUGCAAUGCCACGUUAGUAGCGGUACACACAAAAUACCAGCUACUCUCCCAACGUCAAACAGGGACAAAGACCAAAAGCUAAGACCAAUUCCCCGCCGAAGCUUAACCCACCGUGUCUGCAGCUCUCUCUUCUCUGUCCGAAAGACUACUCGACGGUAAUUAUGUUGAAGUUUUUCCUUCUCUGCACUCUGGCUGUGGCCAGCAGGGCUGAAGUCGGUGAGGAAGAAGAUGUCCUGGUGCUGAAGAAAAGUAACUUCGAAGAGGCUCUGAAAGCUCACCCAAACAUCCUGGUUGAAUUCUAUGCCCCAUGGUGCGGUCACUGCAAGGCCCUGGCUCCAGAGUACGCCAAGGCUGCCGGCAUGCUGAAGGCCGAGGGUUCACAGAUCCGCCUGGGUAAGGUGGACGCCACAGAGGAGACCGAGCUGGCCCAGGAGUACGGCGUCCGGGGUUACCCCACCAUCAAGUUCUUCAAGGGUGGAGAGAAGGAGGCACCCAAAGAGUACUCUGCUGGCAGACAGGCAGAAGACAUCGUCAGCUGGUUGAAGAAACGCACAGGCCCAGCCGUCGCCACCCUCGACGGAGUCACCGGCGCCGAGUCUCUGAUCGCUGACAACGAAGUGGCCGUCAUCGGAUUCUUUAAGGAUCCCGAGUCCGCCGACGCCAAGGCUUUCGAAAAAGCAGCUGAAGCAAUAGACGACAUUCCCUUCGCCACAACUGCCGAUGAUGCUGUUUAUUCCAAGUUUGAGGUGUCCAAGGACAGUGUUGUCCUCUUCAAGAAGUUUGAUGAGGGACGCAAUACCUUUGAUGGAGAGCUGACCAAAGAGAAACUCCUGUCUUUCGUCAAGGCCAACCAGCUGCCCCUGGUCAUCGAGUUCACCGAGCAGACCGCCCCCAAAAUCUUCGGUGGAGAAAUCAAGUCCCACAUCCUCAUGUUUUUGCCCAAAACUGCCUCAGACUUCCAGGACAAAAUGGACGAGUUUAAGAAAGCCGCAGAGGGAUUCAAGGGUCAGAUCCUGUUCAUUUUCAUCGACAGCGACGUUGACGACAACCAGCGCAUCCUGGAGUUCUUCGGCCUGAAGAAGGAGGAGUGCCCCGCCAUCCGCCUCAUCACCCUGGAGGAUGAGAUGACCAAGUACAAGCCCGACAGUGACUCCAUCACCGCAGAGAGCAUCAUCCAAUUCUGCACAAAAUUCACCGAUGGCAAACUCAAGCCCCACCUCAUGAGCCAGGAUAUCCCCGAAGACUGGGACAAAACCCCCGUCAAGGUUUUGGUGGGCAAGAACUUCGAGGAGGUCGCCUUCAACCCCGCUAAGAACGUCUUUGUGGAAUUUUAUGCACCUUGGUGCGGACACUGCAAACAGCUGACUCCCAUCUGGGAAAAGCUUGGCGAGAAGUACAAGGACAGCGGAGACAUCAUCGUCGCAAAGAUGGACUCCACAGCCAAUGAGAUCGAGUCAGUCAAAGUCCACAGCUUCCCCACUCUUAAAUUCUUCCCUGCAGGAGAUGAGCACAAGGUGAUUGAUUACAACGGGGAGAGGACCCUGGAAGGCUUCACCAAGUUCCUGGAGAGUGGUGGCAAGGACGGCGGUGCCCCUGCAGGAGACGACGAAGAAGAUCAGGAUGCAGAUGAUUUGGACGAGGAAGGACAGGACGAGGACUCUGACAUGGAGGACGGCGGUGACGAUGACGGACACGACGAGUUGUAAGAGCCGGCAGAGGAGAGAAGAGGAGAGAGAGGAGACAAGUCCCGCCCCAACCCGUUCCAACCAGUCACCAUCACCACCUUCACUUCCUUUGUGGACCUUCCCUGUCCUGUGAACAUUAAUAGUUCCCCUGUCAAUCAGUCAGUCAGUCGGCCUGCUAGCCAGCCCGCCAGUCAGUCAGUCCAUCAGUGGUUUGGCAGGCCCCCUUUUUGUUUGCCAGCCACAUCUCCAACCUCGCAAUCUCUGGCCAGACUGGUCCUGUCUCACCUCGGGGGGGGAGGGGAGGGACUCUGUGGAAACCGUGCACCACCUCUACGGGAGACCUCAAUGCCUUCUCUACAAAAAGCUCCACAUCAAGCUGUUUGCCUUGUGUAUUUUAAACCAAAUGUUAAAAAAUAGUGGCAUUGAGAUCUAGUUUUCAAAAUGUUUUUUUUUUUGUUCCAGCUGAAUUUGCUCCCCUCCUCUUUUAACAAAAAAAAAGAAAAGAAAAAAAAAAGCCUUGCCAUUGAUCAGUGUGGGUGUGAGCUAACCUGUAUUCGUUGGUAAAGGGGGGGCUGCCAAUGUUCGUCUCCCUCUGGUAGGAAUCCAGAGGACCAGGGUUUUCGUGUGGCGGUUUUUGUACAGGACUGAUCUCUCAGGGGACAAGGGGCCACUCUAUUAGAUGUUUUUAUUUUGCAAUUCUAAACUAACAUUAACCCCCCCACAGAGCUUGGUCUAGCACAAAGGGCCCCCUCAUCUGUGGCUGAGACCAAUUUCUUCCUUUCUUUCAGUGUGGCGGGCGGCGGAGGUGCAGGGGGUCUACUUUCUUUCAGUUUCUUCAUUCCCAAACUCCUCUUUAUAGCACGGCUACUGACUAUUUUCUAAAAGGAACAAAGGUUAACUUUUUUGAGGGGGGGAAAUCCUAUUUUUAUUUAAUUGCUUUCACUAUGAUUAUAUUUUUUUGUUCUUUUUAAUUUAGGACUUGUCAUUUGUAACGAUGUGCCAUUGUGCCCAGCUGUAGCCAGUUGGCCUUGUUGGGGCAGAGUUGGCCCUCGGACACACUCUCAGACUCGGGAAUGGGGUUUAUUUUUUUGGCGCCAGUUCUGAUAGGUCGCACUGCAUUCAUGCCUGAUCAGAGAUUCAUUGUGGUUACUAAAGCAGUCGGAGAUUUGGUCGGUCUGAGAGAAGUCUGUUCUGUCUGAGGCGGGGAGGGAAACAUUGCACAGCCCCACCCCCUCGCCCAUACUGUACCUCCGGCAUCCCUUUUGGCUCUACCCAACACCCUUGUUGCCACAGCAGCGUGAGUGUGUGCGUGCGUGAGCUGUGUGAAUGAUGUAUAAAUUGCUGUGUGAUGAGUGGAAUGACUACUUACAUUUUUGGUGGUCAGUGAACAGGUGAAUGAAUGUGUUGUGUGAAUGUUGGGUGUUUUUUGUUUUUUUUGGCAGGAGGGGAGGCUUGAGUAGAGCAAGGUGAUGGGUUUGACAGCUGUACAGCGGUGGGGGAAACUUAACAAAGCAUUCCAUCAUAUCCAAAUUGAUGUGGAAAACGUGAAAUGGUGGCCAAUAAACAAAAAACUAUAAAAAUG